AUGGCUUCCCAAUCAGAGGAGGAGCUGUGCUGCCCGAUCUGCCAGGACAUCUACACGGACCCGAUCGUACUGAGCUGCAGCCACAGCUUCUGCGGCGUCUGCCUGGAGGACUGGUGGAAAACAAAGGAAACCAAAGAGUGUCCACUGUGCAUGAAAAACAUUUCUGAAGACCCAACCAUACAAGAGGCAAAGCAGCAGCCACUCAACUCCGUAUGCAAAAUUCACUCCGAGGAACUCAAACUUUUCUGCACGGACCACCAACAGCCUGUGUGCCUCGUGUGCCGGGACUCGGAAAAACACACCGGACAUAAAUUCCGACCUAUCACCGAAGCAGCCCCCAUUUGCAGGAAUCAGCUUGAUGAAGAACUGCAGACACUAAAGAAAAAACGACAAGAUAUGACUGAGAGCAAAGACAAGCUUUCGGCGACUGAGAUCUACAUACAGAAUCAGGUUGAACACACUGAGAGACAAAUCCAAAAACAGUUUCGAAUGUUCCAGGCGUUUCUCGAAGAGGAAGAAGAGGUCCGAAUCCAGGCCGUGAGGGAAGAAGGGGAGACGAAGAGGAAAAAGUUCCAAGACAAAAUGGCGGCGAUGACCGAAGAGAUCGAAAGUUUGUCAAAGAUCAUCGCGGAAACAGAGGAGCAGCUCAAAGCCACGGAUGUCUUCUUCCUGCUUCAGUACAAGGAUGUGGAAGAAAAGCUGCAGCACUGUGCCCUGCAGGAGGAACCACAGUUGGAGGAGCCUGGAGCUUUAGUAGACCAAGCCAAACAUCUGGGCAACCUGGCCUUCAACAUCUGGACCAACAUGAAAAGCUCAGUUCAGUUCUAUCCCGUCAUUUUAGACCCGAACACCGCUCAUCCAGAACUUGCUCUGUCCGAAGAUCUGACCAGCUUGAGUUUCGCAGAGAGACAGAAGCUCCCAGGGAAUCCAGAAAGGUUUGAGAUGUACCGCUGGGUUGUGGGGUCUGAAGGGAUGAGUUCAGGUUCUCACAGCUGGGACGUGGAAGUCUCGGGAGACAGCUGGACCGUGGGUGUAGUCAGUGGUAAUGUGGAGAGGAAAGGACAGAUAAUGGAAGGCGUUUGGAAGAUAUUUCUCUAUCACGGUAAAUACUUUGCGUUUUCUCCACCGGAUCCCGUCAGGUCUCUCACGGUGAAGAAAAAGCUGCAGCGCGUAAGGGUCGGCGUGGACUUCAGCAGAGGAGCGCUGAUGUUUUUUGAUGUCAGCACGAAGAAAUGUUUGCACUCAUUCACGCGCACUUUCGACGAGGUUUUGUUUCCCUACUUUGAGACGUUUAGUCCGGAGCAAUUGAAGAUUUUACCAGUUCAGUUCAGUUCAAUUCAGUUUAAGCCUUAG